AUGGCACCCACCAUUGCCGUCUGCAAGUUUGUAGGCACGAUCAGCCUCGGUUUGUUGACGGGCGUAUCCUACACACUCAGCGCCACCGCGCUUCCCUCCCUCCUAGGCCUUCCUACUGCUGCCAACGCCUACACGGCUUUCCUGUCUCUUCAGACUUCCGCAAAGCGCAACCUGCGCCUUCUCACUGCCACUACCAUCACCAGCCUGUCUCUUGCGUUCGUGCUCUCUCCCUCGCGCGCUCGACACCCUUACCUGCUUUGGGCAUCUCUUGUCGCAGCUGCAGGCGGCGCUGUCGACUAUGCUUUGAGGCACGAUGAAGAUGCCUUGAUAGAGGAGGCUACCAACGGUGGUGGCGAGAAGAGCUGGGUUGAUGUAGAAAAGGGCGAAGAUGUCAACGGCGAGAUGGUACGGAGCGCAAUGGAGAAAUUCACACGUGCCGAAAGUGUUAGAGCCGCCAUUAGUGGGCUCGCAUUCACCAUGGGAGUGGUCGGUAUCUGGGGCGACGGCGCUUGA